CCGCCGGAGCCGAAGUCCCCCGUUGGGUUGAAGUUCCUUGCCGGGGAGAGUGGCAGCAGCCAUAGCACGCCAUUUGAGGACGCAACGAUGUCGCAGGAGGAGCAAUGCAACGGCCAGGGGCCUGCCGCCGAGGAACCAAGCGUCAUGGAGAAUGCAGAUGUUGUGCCUGUACUGGAUGACGCUGAUGACCGUAGUGUGCAGAAUAUCAGUAUCAGUGAGCAGGGGAAUUUGGAUCAUGGAAGUCCUAGGACAGGAGAUGGUGAAGAUUCAACAGUUAAGGCUACCAAUUCAGAUGUUGGUGGUGAUCUUAUAGGAGCUCAGCCUGGGGAGGUGGAUGGCGAGAAAUUGCCCAUUUCGGAGGAGAGCAUUAUGCCUCAGGAUUCUUCUCAGCGUGACAUAGCCGAUGACGGUACCAACCAAGUAGGGGUACACCAGGAGGUGCAGAUGGAUUUUGUUGAGAGGACAAGUAGUUCUGAUUCCAAAGAAACCAUGGAGGUGCCAAUUCCUUCUCUAGACCUCAGGGCUGAUAAUGCUAAUAUGGGUGAAGAAGGAACUCGGGAAAUGGAGGUGGGCGUUUCGGGGAGGUCAUCAGAUGGCAAUAUACAAGAUGUUGAACCCACAGUUUCUGGUGAAACAGGCAUGGAGGUUGGGCAUGAAGUAGCAAUGGGUCUUGCAGCUUCACAAGAAAUUCCUGGACGAGGAGAUACCAAUGACGAAGCUAAUGGAGUGGCCAAAGAAGCUGUUCAAGAAGAUGCAGAUACGCAUGAAUUGGAUUUAUCUGUUGAAAAAGUUGAUUCGGCUUUAUGUGGUGAUGCUGUAUCUCAAGGCUUCAUGCCAUAUCGCCUUGAUGAAUAUAUUCAGAGGCAUCUGUAUGUGACAACUCUGUCGAGGGAUUUGCUCCAGUUGCAGCUAGAUGAAGGCACAUACCUGAAUUCAGAUGUUACACUGUCUUCUGAUGAAAUUCUCAAACUCCAGGUACAUCUGAAAGAAUCUGAAGAGAGAAAAGUAGCAGCCCAUGAAGAGAUCCAACAAUGUAGACAUGAGCUCACGAACCUGAAUACUGUUAAGGGAGAACUUGAAUUAAUCGUGGCUUCUCAGAAACAGGAAAUUGACGCUAGCAAGAGCAAAUGUGAACAACUAGAGAUCGAGUUGCAGUCCUCCAAGGAGAAUGCACAACAAAUUUUGAUUGAAUUAGCUGACUGCCAAUCAUUGCUGGAAGCUCUACAAAAGGAGAACAUAGAGCUAACAGAAAACCUUGCUCUUGAGGAAAAAACCAGAAAACAGGUCGAGGCGCAGCAAGAACAUCUAUCUGGUGAAAACGAGAAGCUUCUGUCACAGCUAUCUGACCUUGAACUUAGCUUAGCUUCUGUGAAAGAGGUAAUGAAUGCUGGCAGUAGCAGGUGCAGAAGUUUGGAGGCUGAGCUGUGUUCCUUCAGGGAGAACAUGGAACACACAUGGCCUGAAUUAACAGAUUGCAGGGCUUUAUUGGAAACAUCGCAAAAAGAUAAUGUUGAGUUAUCUGCAAAGUUUGCCAUUGAAUCGGAAGCAAAUAAGAAACUGAAGGAGGAUAAUGUGUUCCUACAUCGUGAGAACGAGAGGCUUUCGCCAGAUCUGUCUGAACUAAAUGACAAAUUGCAUCUUUCAUAUGCGAGACAUAAGCAGCUUGAGUUGCAUGUCAGAGAUAUGGAGACACACAUGGAACAACUUAAAGACCAACUAAUCGAGGAAAUCCUGUGUGCGACUAACAGUUCUGAUAUUUACCAAUCUGUAAUUAAAGAGCUGGAUGCUAAGUGCAAUGUGGUACUAGACCAAGCCGAGAUAGUCUUGUGUCAAAGUCAUGAACAUCGCCAGGCCUGGUAGCUCUUUUGUCAUUGUUUGAUCCACACCUUUCAUGCUGCGAGUUGUUGUCUCUCUCGGUUUCAUUGACGGGGCUCACUUGGCGUUGCCAACCUCGCUGGC